AUGACGAAGCACUUGGAGAUCAUCAAUUUGUCAUUUUUGUUGGAACAUGAAAGGGAAACAAUAUUGGGAGUAUUGAAGAGAGAUGAGUAUCUGAAAAAAGUUGAAGAUAAAAGGAUAAGGAAAUUGAAAAAUGAGCUUCUGGAAGUGAGAAGGAAAGGUGGAAACCGUCAUUGUCAACAGGACAACAGCAGGGUCUGUGUUCGCUGUCAGAAAAGCCUGGGCUUAAUCUUUGACAGAGGAGACCUGUGCCAAACCUGCAAACUUCGAGUUUGCAAUAAGUGUCGUGUCGUGGGAACUGAUGGGCAGUGGAAGUGCUCAGUGUGUGCCAAGAUUGCACAGCUACGGAUAGUGACAGGAGAAUGGUUUUUUGAAGAGAGAGCAAAGCGCUUCAAACAAUCAAAUCUUCUUGGAACCGAUGUUGUCAGACAGUCUAUCCUACACAAAUUCCCAGAUACAGUUUCCAGUAAGGAUGAAGGAAGAACAUUUAAAGAACCACCCCAAGAGAAUGAAGAAAAAAGGCCAGAUGUAUCAGUCUCCUCCACAAAUGGACAUAAAUCAGUCUUCAGCGGACCUAGAAAGAUAGGGAAGGUAAUUAGGGCGGUUGCCAAAGGAGAAAUUACAAAUGCAAAAGGAGAAAGGAACACAGGCUCAGAAGCUGAAACCCAAAGUCUGCGCAGCGGCAAGUCAACGCCUUGCUCUGAGAGAGGGAGCACUCUUUCGCUGAACGGCAGUGGUGCAGAGGCCGCUGCAGGCCAUCUGAAAGGGGCCGUGGGUCUGGUGAACAGAGGCAAUGUUUCCAUACCUUCCCUCCCGAGGUCUCCGGCACUCAGCACGCACAGCAUGACUGCAGAUUAUAGCAGGGACACUGGCUUAGAAAAUGGCAUGAUUAUUCCAGCAAGUGAAAGCGUACCUGAAGAUUUAGUAAAGAAGCACUGUAGGAAAGCAUCUGGAACACCUUCCAUUGCAGUUUCUAGGGUAUCUUUGUCAUCAGAUCGUAGCCGAUCUGAGAUAGAUCUGAGUGAAUCUUUCUCUGAAGGAAAUGAGGAUACUCUGAGCAUAAGAAGCAAAUCUGUACCUAGUGCCUUAGAUCAGGAACUGGAUUAUCUGGAUGAAACAGAAGAAGAUAUUGAUGACAUAGUGGCCUCUCGUUAUUCAAGGAAACAUGGACAUUUGACAAGUGGAUUAUCAACAAACUCCCCAGAAGGCUCUGACAGAAAAUGGACGUAUUUAAAUGUGCCUGAAACAGACGGUGAUACUACUAGCAUUAACAGCAUGCUGAGUGUAUAUAGUGAAACUGGUGACUAUGGCAACGUGAAGGUCAGCGGCGAAAUCCUUCUCAACAUCAACUACAGCUACAAAACAGGUGCCCUCAACAUCCUGGUAAAAAGUUGCAGGAACCUGGCCAUUGCAGAUGAGAAGAAGCAAAGGACCGAUCCAUAUGUCAAAGCAUACCUUCUGCCUGAUACGUCCCGCCAAAGUAAACGCAAGACCAAAAUUAAAAGUAACAGCACCAAUCCAGAAUUUAAUGAAACGCUGAAGUACGUCAUCAGUCAAACACAGCUAGAAACCAGGACCCUGCAGCUUUCUGUCUGGCACUAUGACAGGUUUGGACACAACAGCUUCCUUGGGGAGGUGGAAAUUCCAUUCGAUUCCUGGAACUUCGAAAAUCAGGGCGAUGAGUGGUUUGUGCUUCAGCCCAAGGUGGAGGUUGCGACAGAUGCUGGGCUUCAAUAUAAAGGAGAACUGACUGUUGUUUUACGUUACAUUCCCCCAGACAGAAACCUAAUGCUUCCCCUAGGGCAGUUUCAAGGAAAGAAGAGCUUUAAAAAAGGAAAAAAGGGAGACUUUCGCAUGCAGUCUGGAGGUAUAUUAGAAGUCCUCAUCAAAGAAGCAAAGAAUUUAACAGCAGUGAAAUCAGGAGGCACAUCUGACACUUUUGUGAAAGGAUACCUUCUCCCAGAUGACAGCAAAGCUACAAAACACAAAACUCCCAUAAUAAAAAAGAGCGUGAACCCCCAGUGGAAUCACACCUUUGCUUUCAGUGGCUUAAAUUCAAGGGAUAUACGUAAUGUCUGCCUAGAAUUGACUGUGUGGGACAAGGAGUCACUCUCCAGUAAUAUUUUUUUGGGAGGUGUCCGUUUGAGCACUGGAAAUGGUGUAAGUAAUGGCAAGGAGGUUGACUGGAUGGACUCUCAAGGGGAAGAGCAGCACCUCUGGCAGAAGAUGAUCGACAGUCCUGGAGCUCCUGUGGAGGGGAUAUUAAUGCUGAGAUCCAGCAUGGGAAAACGCAGGCUCUGA